UGUAGACGUUGUUUGUGCGACGCAACGGGGCAGACUCGCGUCGUUUGAUGCCCCGCUUCAGGAUUUGAGCCGAUGAGGAAAUUGUGCAGGGCGCGUCAGUACGCCCCGCGGUGGGACCAAACCCGCACACCUCAUAGUCGCGGCCCCCAUUUCUCUUGCGCACUUCUUGCCGCCGCUUAAGGCGGAAGUGCGAGCAGAGGGGGGCUGGGCCGCCUCUUGCCGGACCGGUCCCGCUUUGGCUGCGCGACCCGACGGCCACUCGUGCUCCAGCUCUUCUCGGUGCGGGCUCCUCGGGCAGCUUCGAGCAACUCAGCGGCCGGUGCGUAGCUCAGCAGCAACAGCGCCGACGACCAUGAGGAUCGCCAUCAUUGGCCAAAGCGCCUUCGCCAGCGAGGUGUUGAAGCUGCUGCAGCAGAACGGCCACGAGAUCGUCGGCGUCUUCACCGUGCCCGACAAGGACGGCCGGGAGGACGCGUUGGCAACCACGGCGUCGGCUUGCGGCGUGGAGCACGUGGUCAAGCUGGCGCGCUGGCGAGCCAAGGGCGGCGGCGGCGUGCUGCCCGAGGCGAUGCGCGCCUACGAGAAGGCCCGGGCCGAGCUCAACGUGCUGCCUUUCUGCAGCCAGUUCAUACCCAUGGAGGUGAUCACGUGGCCCAAGCACCAGUCGAUCGUGUACCACCCGUCUCUGCUGCCGCGCCACAGGGGCGCCUCAUCUGUGAACUGGACCUUGAUCGAGGGCGACGCCAAGGGCGGCCUGAGCGUGUUCUGGGCCGACGACGGCUUGGACACGGGUCCCCUGCUGCUGCAGCGAGAGUGCGACGUGCUGCCAGACGACACGGUCGACUCGCUGUACGCGCGGUUCCUCUUCCCCGAAGGAGUUAAGGCCAUGGGCGAGGCCGUGGCGCUGAUCGCCUCCGGCCAGGCGCCGCGCAUCCCGCAGCCCGCCGACGGCGCCACCUACGACCCGAUGCUCAACAAGCGGGAGCUGCGGCGCGUGGACUUCGCCAAGCUGACGGGGCGGGCGCUGCACAACUUCAUCCGGGGCAUGGACAAGGUGCCCGGCGCCUGGAUCACCCUCGAGGGACAGGCGACGCGCGUGUACGGCUCGAGCCCGUGGCCCUCCGGUCCCGUGGAAGGUGCUCGGCAGGUGUCCGUGGAAGGCAUGUCGCGGCCCGGACUGGUCCACGACGAAGGCCUGCUGCUGUGCGGCUGCGACGGGGGCUGGGUCAACGUGCGGCAGCUGGCCUCCGAGGAGACGGGACGCGUCAGCCUCGCCUCGCGCUUCGGUCAGCAGCAGGCCGACGGCGAGGCGCUGGAGCUCACCGACGAGGAGAGGACGCUGGUCGACAAGCUGAGGGGCAUCUGGAAGAGCAUCCUGCGCCGUGACGUCGACGACGCGACGGAUCUGUUCGAGUGCGGCGCCGGCUCCAUGGACGUGACGCGGCUCGUGGAAGAGGCGCGCGACGCCUGCGGCCUCCAGUUGGCCGCCGAGGACGUCUACCUGGCGUCGCGGUUUGCUGACUUCGCGCGCGUCGCGGUGCUCAAGGCGCGCGGACGGGGCUCGGGCGGCGACGAGGUCUCCUACGACGCGGUCGAGCUGCACGCCGACGGCAGGACCAUCCGCGUGCCGCACCAGCUGUUCGUCGACGGGAAGUUCGUGAACAGCUCGUGGGGACGCAGCUCAGAGGUGGUGAACCCGACGGACGAGAGCGUGCUGUGCCGCGUGGAGAGCGCCUCGGCCGAGGACGUGGACCGGGCGGUGGAGGCGGCCAAGGCGGCCUUCGAGCGGGGCGAGUGGGGCCGCCUGAGCGCCCGGGACCGCGGGCGCCUGCUGCUGCGGCUCGCCGACCUGAUGGAGCAGCACCGCGAGGAACUGGCCAUCAUCGAGUCGCUGGACUCGGGCGCCGUGUACACGCUGGCGCUGAAGACGCACGUGGGCAUGUCCGUCGACGUGUUCCGCUACUUCGCCGGCUGGUGCGACAAGGUGCAGGGCAGCACGGUGCCCGUGAGCCACGCCAGGCCGCGCAAGAACCUCACCUUCACCCGCUGGGAGCCCAUCGGCGUGUGCGGCCUCAUCACGCCGUGGAACUACCCGCUCAUGAUGGUGGCGUGGAAGAGCGCCGCCUGCCUGGCCGCGGGCAACACGCUGGUGCUCAAGCCCGCCCAGGUGUGCCCGCUCACGGCGCUCAAGCUGGCCGAGCUCACGGUGCGCGCCGGCAUCCCGCCGGGCGUGUUCAACGUGCUCACGGGCUCCGGAACCGUCGUGGGCCAGGCCAUGUGCGCCCACCCCCUGCUGAGAAAGGUGGCGUUCACGGGCUCCACGGAGGUGGGCCGCACCAUCAUGUCGAGCUGCGCCGCACCUUGCCUGAAGCGCGUCUCGCUGGAACUGGGCGGGAAGUCGCCGCUCAUCAUAUUCGCCGACUGCGACCUGGACCUCGCCGUGCGCCAGGGCCUGAACAGCGUGUUCUUCAACAAGGGCGAGAACUGCAUCGCCGCGGGCCGCCUGUUCGUCGAGGAGUCGCUGCACGACCGCUUCGUCGAGCGCGUCGUCGCCGAGACCCGCAAGAUCGUCACGGGAGACCCGCUCGAGCGCAGCACCUGGCACGGUCCGCAGAACCACAAGCAGCACCUGGACAAGCUCCUGGACUACGUCCAGCGAGCCGUGGCCGACGGCGCCACGCUGGUCCACGGAGGCAGGAGGCUUCCGAGGCCGGGUCUCUUCCUCGAGCCGACCGUCAUCGUGGACGUGCAGGACCACAUGGCGGCCGCCAAGGAGGAGUCGUUCGGCCCGAUCAUGCUCGUCUCGCGCUUCCCGGACGGAGACGUCGAGGGUGUGCUGAGGCGCGCGAACGCCACGGAGUACGGGCUCGCGUCGGGAGUCUUCACGCGCGACCUCAGCAAGGCCUUGCGCGUGGCGGACGCGCUGCAGGCCGGUACGUGCUUCAUCAACUGCUACAACAAGACGGACGUGGCGGCGCCUUUCGGCGGCUUCAAGCAGUCCGGCUACGGCAAGGACUUGGGUCACGAGGCGCUCAAGGACUACCUGCAGCUCAAGUGCGUCACCGUCGAGUACUAGAGCUUGUUGGCGAGCAAUCUCGAAGGGGCGUGACGUGGGCCCACCACCGGGUCGUGCCCACGUACGUCAGCAGCAAGCACUGACGCAUCACGACAGGAAGGUAGAAAAAUAUAAUUGCCGGAGCACACUUACAACCAACGAUGUUCGGGAGCAAAAGAAUGCUAGGAGAAAGAAAAAAAGCCGUAUACACA